AUGUCGUCAACGACCAAAUUCUAUGUGAAUAAUCACGUGAAGAAGAAACCGUUUACCGCACCUGCAGCGGCAGGGACACGCCCUUCGCAGCGGCGCGUCAGCGUCGUCCACCGUUCGAGGUGGCGGUAUGGCGGCGUGAAACGAAAUCCCUUCGACCACGGACGCGCACACUUCAGACGCAACAUUGCAUGGGCACUACGCCGCUGUUCGCCAUGGCCUGAAUCCGGAGUGGCCGUCCGCCGGCCGCUGUCGCCCAGAAAGUUCUUCGCCAUGCUGUACGAGACGGACGCCGCGGCCGAGCACGCCCGCCGUCCGCUUCACGGCCGCGCCGUCGACGUCCCGCUGCAGCAGUGGUACGGACUGCGGCGGCCGUCCGUCCCGGUGCAGCUCGCGGCCGCCGUCCCUCGAUCCGUCGCUGCAACAGCACACACCGUGGUGGUCGUCCGUCCCGCGCCACGACGAACNUUCACCGCCGGCUUGACCGCUUUCCUUGAAAGGAGACGACGGAAAGAAGGCCGGGCUCCUCGGCGGCAAAGGACUACCUUUAGUCCAGAACAAACGCUAAACCUGGAAAUGGAAUACAGGAACAACGAAUAUGUGUCUCGGAAUAGGAGAUCGGAAUUAGCCACCGCAUUAGAUUUAUCUGAAACGCAGGUGAAGAUUUGGUUUCAAAAUCGUAGGGCCAAGGACAAGAGGCUGGAAAAGACCCACUAUGACCAACAAAUCAGGCAGAUGUUUCAGCAAAACGGCUUCAUUUUGCCAAAGAUUUAACGGCGAGUUACGCGUGGUCAAACAUUAACGAUAUAAUAUAAUAAACCUAUCUCGGAAUAAUCAUCACGAAACCGCUGUUAUACCAUGCUCUACAUAAUAUAUGAUAUAUAUAUAUUGUAUAUAGCCAACGGCAAUGGGCGCCUUAAUCUUAUGGGAUGAAAAGUGUGGAAUUCGUGAAAUAAGACAGACGUGUUACGUGUAUUAUUAUAUAUUAUGCCGUCGUCGUUGUCAUCUAUCAAUUUUAUCAUUCGAAAAGCAAAGAAUUUCUCAAUAUCUAAUAUUAUUACUACUACUGUUAUUAUUAUUAUUGUUUACGAGAGAUCUCUCUUCGCGCCGUUUAUGACUAUUUUAUUUAUUAUAUUAUAAUAAUAUUGUGUAGGUACAAAUAGUGAAAUUAUUAUGUACGUUUAGGAUUUUACCAUUCGAAACUGUAUUAUAUUUCGUAAACAUAAAGGACGUUGUAAACGGACGAUUUAAAUGCUUGUCGUUUUGUUAACUGUAUACGUACGAAUGAAAUAAUGUUUACAGAAUAAUUGUUCAGGCGUAUCAACUAUGCAGUUACCUAUAUUAUA